GCCUCUGCGGCUGCCGUAGCGCGGAAGUGACACAACAACAAUAAUCAUCAUGGUGCUGGAAAAGAAAGGCUCCGCUCGGGUGGAGGCCGGUCAGCGCAGAGUUUUGGAUGAAGCCACCAGACAAAGGAGACUGACGAGGCAGCUGGAGGCUUUGGAGAAAGACAACUUCCAGGACGACCCUCUGUCCUCCCUCCCUCCCCCCGGGCCGACUGCCCGCCUCCCCGCCUUCAGCGAGAUUGAAGAACCAGAGAAGAAGAGGAGGAAGACGAGGGGUGAUCACUUCAAGCAGCGUUUCAGGAAAAACUUCACCACCCUGCUGGAGGAGGAGAACCUGUCAGAGAAGGAGGAGCCUAACUACCUUUCUGCGGCGGCCUCUCCCUCCUCUCUUCCCCCUCGUCACUUUUGCUGCGUCUGUGGGUUUCCCUCCCACUACACCUGUACCACCUGCGGGGGGCGCUACUGCAGCAGCAAGUGUCUGAUAACACACAGAGAAACCAGGUGUUUGAAGUGGACACUCUAACUGCUGCCUCGUCGCCAUGGUGAAGAUGAUUAUUAUGGGAUGUUGCAGCGUGAUCUCUUGAGGUUUUGUUGGUGGUCGUUUUUGUUUGUGAGCAGAAAGAAGCACACACAAAUAGGCGGUAGGUCAUUUCAGAGGACUUUAGCCAUGACCUCACAGGUCAGUGAUGAUGUCACAGUGUACCUGAGUGAUGUCACAGAGUACACCUGUACUUCACUGCAGCACGUAAGAAUUCAACCACAGGAGGUACAAAAAAAAAGCCUAAUUGUUGUUAAGUUAUUUUGGAACUUGUGUUUCCCCCGCUAUGUUAGAAUAUUUGUCCAUGUCUUGGCUAGCUUAGCUUAGCAUAAAGGGUCCAGAAAACAGAAAACUUAAACAUUUUUUAUAAAUGUAAUUACAUUCUUACAUUGGUCUCAAACUGGAAACUGAAAUCAUAUCUGACUCAUCGGCAUGUAGACGCAGCACACCAUGCUAUAUGCUAACAUGCUAAUAUAACUGUGAGAAUGCUAAGCUAAGCUAACAUGAGCUUCUGUUUCUGUAGUCCUCUUCCGCACAGACGUGUCAGUCACGUUUGUUUGUGAAUAAUUGAUGUUUGAUUGUAGAUUAUUUUUUAAUUAAAGUACAACUGAUGUUUAAAA